AUGACGACGAUGAUGUUACCUGAGGUGCUUUGGUGGGUGGCCCUGCAUCUCAAGUUCACGGCUGCACCUCGUGUUGUGCUCUGCGUACCCCGCAUUGUGGAGCCGCCUCAUCCGCUAGAUUUCCCCAGAUCCAGGGUCGGCUCAGAGAAGAUCCGUUUAGCACAAAAGCAAAAUGCUCGCACGGCUGUGAUCAGCAGAACCAAGAAUAUUGCCGGCGAGUCUUCGGGAUGA